AUGUACCAAAAGAUGGUCGAUGUGGAUCCGAACGAGCCGACUCCGUUGGAGCACCAACAGGCGGCCAUUACGAAGCUGCGAUACAUGCAGUGGCGGGAAGAGCUCAGCUCCUCUGCAGAUUUGGGUUUUCGGAUAGAAGGCAUCAAGGUAGGCUGUCUUUCUAACCCUCUAAGAGAUUCCUUGAUAGAUGUUUUCAUCACCCUUCAAAUCACUUUUUUUGCAGUAACUUUCUAUGAAAGGAACUUUUUAUUUAGUCCAUUUAAAUUUUGGCAACCUUUGAAAGUGCUAAAAACCGCAGUGGUUUUGCUCUUCGUUUGUUUGCCUUGCGGCUGUAAAUCUAGCGUUCUAGCCUUGUUGGACCGGGUUUCCUUAUUAACUCUUUUCACUUCAACUACAUUUUUACCCCUCCUUCAAGCAUUUUCGAAUGACUGCUAA